UUGAUUGAGAUCGGCCAUACCGUGGUAAUUUUUAAUGCAGAACACGUUCGGAAAGUAAUUUAAAUUUUUGAGAAGCAUUCGAUUCAAUUUUAGUCCAAAAAUUGUGCGAAAUAUUGUUUUACAAUGGCUGCAAUCAGUUUAUUAAAUCCCAAAGCUGAAUUCGCUCGAGCGGCUCAAGCCUUAGCUGUAAAUAUUUCAGCUGCUAAGGGUAUCCAAGAUGUAAUGAAGACAAAUUUGGGCCCCAAAGGAACAAUGAAAAUGUUGGUAUCGGGAGCCGGAGAUAUCAAAAUCACUAAGGAUGGUAAUGUGUUGCUUCAUGAAAUGCAAAUUCAACAUCCAACUGCUUCUUUAAUCGCUCGAGCAUCGACUGCUCAAGAUGAUACAACCGGUGACGGAACUACUUCAACAGUACUCACGAUCGGUGAAAUUUUGAAGCAGUCGGAUAUUUAUAUCGCUGAAGGUUUACAUCCCCGGGUUAUAACCGAUGGUUUGAAUGAAGCUAAAAAGAAAGCAUUAGAAGUUUUGGAAAACAUUAAAAUCCCAGUAGAAAACGACAGGGAAAAGUUAUUAGCUAUUGCGAGAACUUCAUUACGAACCAAAGUUCAUCACAAAAUAGCGAAUAUAUUAACCGAAAUUUGCGUGGAUGCUAUCCUCGCUAUUCAAACUAUUGGAAAAGAAGUAGAUCUCCAUAUGAUCGAGAUCAUGGAAAUGCAACAUAAAACGGCCACAGAAACGUCUCUCGUGAAAGGUCUGGUCCUUGAUCACGGAGCUAGGCAUCCAGAUAUGCCCAAAAAAGUUACAAACGCGUAUAUUCUUACCUGCAAUGUUAGUCUUGAAUAUGAAAAGAGCGAAGUGAAUGCAGGAUUUUUCUACAAAAGUGCUGAAGAGCGUGAAAAAUUAGUAGCUGCUGAACGUAAAUUCAUCGAACAACGUGUUUUAAAAGUAAUUGAAUUGAAGAAGAAAGUUUGCGAUAACACGGAUAAAUCUUUUGUGCUUAUCAACCAAAAGGGUAUAGAUCCUCUAUCCUUGGACAUGUUAGCUAGGGAAGGUAUUAUAGGAAUACGAAGAGCUAAGAGGAGAAAUAUGGAGCGAUUAGCUCUCGCUUGUGGUGGCGUCGCCGUAAAUAGUUUCGAUGACUUGAACGAACAAUGUUUAGGAUUCACUGGAUUAGUUUACGAAUACGUUUUAGGUGAAAACAAAUACACGUUUGUCGAAGAAUGCAAAAAUCCUCAAAGUGUCACGAUAUUGAUUAAGGGACCCAACAAAUAUACCAUUAAUCAAAUUAAAGAUGCCGUUCGAGAUGGUCUUCGCGCUAUUAAAAAUUGUCUCGAUGACGGAUGCUUGGUUCCCGGCGCUGGUGCUUACGAGUUGGCUGCUUCUCAAGAGCUUUUCAAAUUCAAAGACACAGUGAAAGGAAAAUCACGUCUUGGCAUUCAAGCAUUUGCCGAAGCUAUUUUAGUUAUUCCGAAAACUAUAGCGAUCAAUAGUGGAUUCGAUGCCCAAGAUACCAUUGUCAAGUUACAAGAAGAAGCCAGAAGUAGUAAAAAUCCAGUCGGCUUGGACAUCAAUACAGGCGAACCUUUGAAUCCAAUCGAAGCUGGCAUCUAUGAUAAUUAUAUCGUAAAGAAACAAAUUAUUAAUUCGUGCACUGUGAUAGCGAGUAAUUUAUUGCUCGUUGACGAAAUAAUGCGUGCUGGUCUGUCCUCGCUGAAAGGUUAAAUUCCUUAUAUACUCCUACUGCGAUUUUUCUAAAUUUUUUGUCCAUUUGCGCCUUAUAAGAAGUGCCUGAGAAGUAUGAUUAAUCAUUUCUGUAUUAUACGAUAAAAUUUUGGCAUAUAAAUUGCACGAAAUAUUCAUUUCUGUUACUUCCAUUUUAGUACAAGAAGCACUAAUUGUCAUAUUCGGUUUUGUCGCGGAUUAACAUAUAAAGCCUUUUCUAAAUAUUAUAACUCGUAAUGUAAUUUUUAUAAUUUGUUAAAUUAUGGAAAACUCUUAAUAAAAUCUAAUUUUCUUA